UGUUGAUGAAAACUGUCUCUACAUCAGCUUGAGAUGCAGCAGAAGCAGCAUCUGCUCAGGAGCCGCGGGGCCUGCGAUAUUGUUGGUUGUUGGUAAUCGGCAAGUCUCCAGAUGUAGUCGAAGGAGCAUCACGUUUCCCCCACUGGUCCACAUACCCCCCCACUGCAUGGCUUCGCUUGCUGGUGUCUCACACCGUGUCUCCAUAGCCCCAGUCCUGCACACCCUCAUGCUGGGGUCUCAGGCCUCUCACAGACUGACCAAUGACUGCCUGGAUUGUUCUGCCUGUCAGCCUGUCCGCUUUCUCCAUCACGGGGAUAUGGAUUGUUUACGCCAUGGCAGUAAUGAACCACCAUGUCUGUCCUGUUGAGAACUGGUCAUACAAUUUGACAUGUACAGAGGAAACGGCUAAGAGGGGCUUCCCAAAGACCUGCUGUACUCUUCAAGACAUCCCCCUCAUCAGUAAAUGUGGUUGCUAUCCACCAGAGAGCUGUCUCUUCAGUUUGAUUGGCAACGUUGGGGCCUUUAUGGUGGUUAUGGUGUGCAUGCUGCGUUAUGCUCAAGUGAUUGAACACAGCCAUCAUUGCUGGACCAACACAAGUUCUUUGGUCUCCGGCUGCAUUAAUGCCCUUGGUUUGGUCAUGGUUGGCAACUUUCAGGUCGAUCAUGCCAAGACGCUUCAUUAUGUGGGAGCGGGUGUAGCUUUCCCUGCCGGCUUGCUGUUUGUGUGUCUGCAGUGUGUUCUGACGUACCGUAUAGCAGAGACAGCACUGGACUACUGGAUGGCUCAUGUGCGUGUGGCGCUCUCAGCUGGAGCUCUGGUAUCGCUUGUCCUCAGUGGUAUCUUCUUCGUCCAUGAGAGUUUUGUAUUGCAGCACGCCGCAGCCAUCUGUGAAUGGGUCUUCACCGUCUUGGUCCUGGUGUACUACGGCACCUUCACCUAUGAGUUCGGCACUGUCAACAGCGAUACCAUCAUGGCGGCCUUAAUGAAACGCAGUCAACAUCAUCAUCCAGGGUCAGCGGUCAUCAUGGGGGGUAUUGGGAAGGGUGUUGCGAUGGGAUGUGGUGCCCGCAGUCUCAAGUCACCUGGAGGCAGCAGCACUUCCACACACCUCAACUGUACACCAGAAAGCAUCGCCAUGCUUUAGGGGCUAACCGCUACGGUAUUCUCUCAGACCUCAGCACACAGACUCUUCAACUGGCUCAUGCAAUUGUGAAAAACUGGUACAAGCAAUACAGUAGGUUUACAGACUUGCUGAUUAUAAUCUAAUAGUAAUGACCAGUCAGUCAUAACUAAGGUAUUUUGCAUGAUUUUUUGCAUUCAUGUGUAAGAUAACUGAAAAUACAGCCUCAAUAACCAGCACAGACAAUUCCUUCCCAUAAUUCAAGGGGCCUCUGAUAGAAAUGUUUUAGUUUUCAGUAUAUUAAAACUGCAAUAACUCAUUCCUAAAGGCACAUUCACACUGACAGCAAUUGAACUAUUUAGGGUCAACAAGUGGAUUGUUGGUUGUUAGUAGAAUUUCUGCAUCAGGAAGUCCUAUAGAGUGCUGCAGGGAUUAUGUAUUAUGUAGGCCUGGAAACUUGGAGUAAGCAUUUAAACACUUCCGGUUCCAUCGUCCCAAAUCAAUGGGUUUUUGGUUAAAUGCCCGACAUAAUAUAUGUGGCAAACACAAGCUUGAGAUAUUUUCACGUUUUAUUUUACAACAUAAAAUACAUCAGUAAAU